AUGGCCAGUGAACUGGACAAAGGAGCUAAAUCUCGGGGCCCUCUCAUUUUCAACCUGAAUGUCACCCUUAUCGUCCUCUCGUCCAUUGUUAUGAUAACACGGUUAUACACCCGCGGCUUGAUGACCGAGGCUUUCGGUGUUGAUGAUAUCUUGGCGGUAUUUGGCUUUGGCCUUGCUAUCACUUUAUCUUCCCUGGAGAUCACCCAAGUAGGAAAUGGGUCUGGAUCUUCGAUCAUCACCCUCUCGCCAGCACAGCGGAAAGCUUUCUUUACGCUAUUGCCAGUUGACCAAAUAAUAUUCUUCCUGGCGUGCGGUUUCAUUCGGCUGUCAAUCCUAGCUUUCCUCCCUCGCCUUAGCAGAGAUCGCACUUUUAUGCGAUGCGUAUGGGGUGUUGGCGCGAUGAUCGUUGUAAUCACUCUGGCGGCAGUCUUGUUUUUACUCACAGAGUGUAAACCCAUUGGCGACCUUUUUAAUGCUUUAAAGCCCGAAAGGAACUGCAUCAGCCGAAAAGCGGAGGCUUAUUUCAUAUGGGCGCAUGCUAUUAUUGGAAUUUUUAUUGACGCCGCCCUGUUUGGCCUACCUAUCUGGGUGAUCCGAAAAAAGAUGGUUUUUGGUUUCAAAGCCGUCAAAGUUAUCCUCGUAUUUUGCGUCGGCUUCUUUGCUAUUAUCACGGGAAUUAUUCGACUCGGCAUUCUGGUCACCACUGACUUUAGUGUGGAUUCAACUUACAAAAUGGCUCGGGUCGCACUGUGGUUUAUUCUUGAAACUCACGUUGGCCUCUGGUGUGGCAGUUUCCCUUCACUUCAACCUCUACUCCGCCUCGUUUCCUAUAAGCUCGGUCUCCGAAGUCAUCUCGACAGCACCGACCAGCCGACUACUCCAGGCACUAAGACGGGUACUCGGCCCGGCGCAGGUGGAUACAUCAAACAGCAUAGUGCUGUUGAUCCUGAACGUGAUGGUGCGAGUGCCAGAGUUUUUGUAUCGGGCGGCGAUUCGACGACGGAGUUUGUGGAACUCGGCGACGUGGAUAACGGUAUCAGGAUGAGAGCUGAUGUCAUUAUGAAAGUGGACGAUGGCGUCUAUUCGAGAGAAAGGCAUGAGAUUGAAACAACGUGGGAUGCAAUUUGA